AUGCUAAUAGCUCCUGAAAACCUUGGGAUACAGAAUAUCACUGCAUAUGUAACACAAACGCAAGCUAGCUUUGCAAACAUUGAUACUGGUGCUACGGCGAACGUUUACCGUGGUGUAUACGUCGAGCCCGGUAAUCGUACAAACAUCCAAGUCGUUAUAAAGUCAGCCCGAACCAGUGACCUAGAAAGUACGUCAGAAAGGACCAGGCAGCGAACCCAAAAGAACUUACUCAGAGAGCUUGCCGUCUGGAACUCUCUUCAACGUAGCCCUCAUCCAAAUGUACUAUCGCUUUUAGGAGUCGCAUACAUACCUUCAAGUAGAUGGCUCUGCUCAGUUAGUGAAUACUGUCAAUCUAGCCUUGAAGCGUACUUCAAGAAUCCGCCUUCCAAGCCUGAGUAUAUUAGGUUUAUGAAAGAAAUACUGGCUGGAUUGGUUCAUAUGCAUAGCUUUGACCCACCAAUCGCACACGGAGACCUCAAAUUAGCAAGUUGUUUAAAAUCUCAUGCCCGCCAAUCGUCUAACCUUAGACAGGCCAAUUUGCUCCUUAGCUUCGACGGAAUCAUCAAGUUGUGUGACUUUGGACAGGCGAGAUUUUGUAAUGAUCAACGAGGACUUGCAUCUGACGCGUCAACGACAUUUGAAUCAACGCACCGGUUUAUGAGUCCUGAGCUGUUUGUAGCCAGCUCCAAAGUCCGCCCAACCAAUCUUUCCGAUGUAUGGGCCUAUGGAUGUGUAGCCUUACAGCAGGCUGAUGCCUUAUCACACUAUCAAAAACGAACAUAUGGUACCCAGCGCAAUAAUGAGCGGUCGAAGUCCAAGUUCAAAGCCCGAAAAGCCGCAUGCCCCACGAUGCCAACCGCUAGUCGUUUACUCGACGAGCUAAAUCGCUUGAUAGACAGUAACUUGAUCGACAUCUCUUCUUUUACUCCCGAUAGGAUGUCACUUGACUUUGACGGCACUAUGCCUUCUUGGCCGGAUAAUAUCGUUGAUUUUGGUGACCAAGGAUUAUCUCCGAACCGCAAAAUUCUUUGCAGAGGGAAUAGGGCCGAGCUAUGGGUCCAUCAAGAGACCUCCGUUACUACCCAAGUAGUUACAACAUACGUUGUCAAAGCGCCAAUCCCCCCAACACGUCUUCGUCCAAGAAAGACCAAAUUGGAUCCCUUUCAAUAUCUCCUGAGGAGGAUUGUUCGAGAGCGCUAUAGUCUCCAGCAUCAGAAUAUAGUAGAAAUGAUUGGGAUCGAUACUAGCUUCGGUAUAUACGCUGGACUAGUUUUCGAGUUCUGUGAGAACUUAUCUCUCCGAUCUUAUAAAUCAAAUCAGUUUUUCGAUCAACUCGACCUUCUUCGUCAUGCAGUUCAAAUGCUAGAAGGACUACAUUAUUUACACACGUUUCCCACUCCAAUUGUUCAUGGGGACCUCAACCCGUCAAACAUUAUGGUUGACGGACGGGGAACAUUGAAACUCAGUACUUUCAGCUUAUCCCAGAUUACCACAAGCAUCCCCCAAGCGGAAUCAAGUCAACCUUCAGCUGACCGUAUUGAAGUCAUUCGCUAUCUAAGCCCAGAGAUGCUAUCCGACUCCGCAAUACCUUCGAUUAGAUCAGACAUCUGGGCUUACGGUUGUAUAUUAUUUUGGCUUUUUUCGAGCUUAGAGCCAUACCAUGAAACCAAACGAGAGUAUGAUGUUGAAAAAUUGAUUCAAAGGGGAGUUCUCCCGAAUGAUGCUCAGGUAUUACGCGAAGAGACCGAAGUCGAUGGACGUUUUCGACAAAAUAGCCAAAGGGAAUGGCUUUUCAAUGGAAUAUCGGACAGAGCAGAAAAUUGCUGGAGUCCAAGCGGCUGGCCGACCGCAAACGAUCUCCUAAUUUUUGUUCGGGAACUCUCGAGUGAGAUGGACGAACUCGAAGACACGAGCACAUGGAUGUCCAGAGUGUCCAAUUUAUCUGGAAGCAUCAUUCGCCCACCGAUUUUGUGGGUUCAAGGUGGAAGCACAAGUGGCUCGUGGAGAUAUCCGAAAGCAUCGCGUCUCAAUCCCGAUCCGCGGACAACCAAGAUCAGCAUGAGCUGGACCAAAGCAUCAUUUAAGCGUGGUUUCUUCCGUUCCCGAACCGAGGUUAUCAUCAAGUUCUCAAUGUCCGGUCAAUCAAGCACUGGGUCUAGCCAUCAAAUAGCAUCGCGCUCAGCAGUUAAACAUGAGAUAGCUAUCCUGAUGCAACUUCAACAUUCAAAUGUAUGCUCCCUAUGGGGAUACGAAGAAGACACCUUUGGGUCUCCAAGCUCUCCAGCGAUUGUAACGGAAUUUUGUCCCAAUGGAACACUCGGGGAGUACCUUACCCGAUGCUCUGAUCAACUUCAUAUUUCCGCAAGGUUGCACUUGAUGGAAAACAUAUUGAAUGGUGUAAGCUACUUACACGAAAAAGUUACCGAUGGUAUAAUUGUUCAUGGGAAUUUAAAUAUGGAUACAUCAGUCGUAGUGGAUAAAGACGGCACGGCAAAAAUACGGAACUUCGAGUUUGCAUUUCAGUAUGCGCACAAUCAAUCUCCAGGCGUUGUGGCUACAGUGAUUCGUGCGCCUGCCUUGGCGCCAAUGCCCUCACGAUGGCACCCGCCCGAGAUGUUUCUGGAAACUUUAGGCUCAGAUGGGUCACUAAUGACUCGAUAUAAUGAUCUAUGGGCAGUGGGCUGCUUGCUGGCUGCGAUAUGUAGCAGCUUGGAGCCAUACUCUGGCACCAACAUUCCGGCAGUGUUCUCUCGAAUCGCUAAUAAAGACAAGCCUUACUCAAGAGGCACCCAUUCCCCCACGCCGUUUCCAAUUAUUCCAUCCACACGCUCUGGCGUCCCCCACCCAUACUCCCGUCCUACUAGCCGCUCCUCUCGACGUUCCAUUCCAGCCAAUUCCCAACCGGCCUCUCGCAGCGCAUCACCCACUUUGCAAGACUUGCCAAGGAUGGAACCAGAACCGUCCCCUUCCGCUCUCCUCAAGGCUAUCACAGCCCUCACAGUCACCGUUGGGUCCCUACAGGAUCAAAUCCGAGCCCAGAGCCAACAAAUUACUGAGCUCAGGGCCAUAUGCAAGGAGACCGCAGACCUCCUUGGGGACAAAGACCAAGGAGCAACCCAAGCCAAGCCUGGCCCACUGACUGGGCCUGUCACUCCUCCCACCCACUCGGGAGGAGAAACCCACACUCCAGGCACGGUUAGGCCUGGGCUCAAGGCCCCAUUCCGGCCUUCAAGAGGAACCGGGUUUGACUCAGAGGAAGAGGAAGAGCCAAGGCCCCUCAAAAAGGAGCCUCAAGGAACGCCUAGAAGGCACUUGGGAUCCCUCACCCCCUUCGACGCAGGGUCCAGCGUAAAAAGACCCAAGAUGGAUCUUCCCGACCCCUAUAAGGGCGAUGCCAGGGGACAAAAAGCCACUCAGUGGCUGGAUCAAAUGAUGCUAUGGGUAGCCCUCCAUCGCGAUCAAUUCGACGAGGAAGAGCAGAUGGUCGUGUGGAUUUUGUACCACAUGACAGACAAGGCCGCCGACUGGGCUCUCCCCAUCAUUGGGAGCAUCAUCAAGGGCAAGGGAAACCCCCCUACCACCAUCCAGGCCCUAACAGCCAAAUUUAAGGAGGCCUUCGCCGACCCCGACGCCAAACGGGCAGCCGCCAGAAAAAUUGCGGUUCUCUCCCAAUCCACCACUACCUCCGAGUAUGUCACGGAGUUCCGCAAUCUCAUGGCGGAGCUAGACUGGAACAAGGAGGCCUAUAUUGCGCAGUUCACGCGAGGCCUCCACUGGAAGGUCAAGGAACUGCUAUCCACCAAAGAUAGCAUCCCUGACGAGCUCAAAGCCAUCUUUGCGGCGGCAAUUAAAAUUGACAAUAUCCGCCGCAAAAAUGAGGAGAAUCGCCCUAAAAAGGCACCAGCCAAGUCCCCGGCCACCGUGGCCACCUCCACAACCACCACCAGGGUCCGCCUAUCCGAGGACCCUAACUAUGUCACCCCGGAGGAACGAGACCGCCGCCGCGCAGCAGGGCUAUGCGUUAAAUGCGGGCAAAAGGGGCAUGGGAUCAAACAGUGCCCCAACGGCUGGAAAGCCACAAUCAAGGAGGCCGCCAAGAUAGGAGAGGUCGUAGAAUCGGAAAAAGAGUGA